ACCUUUAGUGAUUUGUAUUCUAUUUUAAUUUCAGCACAUGAAAAUAUUUCUACUUCUGACCAUCGAAGAGAAUGGAAAACCAUUUUCCAGAUCAGCCCUCAUACAUCCUCCUGAUGGCCUAACAACUGAAUGACAUGUCGAUGCUGAGUAUGAUCCAUUUCAAUCAUUUGAGGAAGCUCUCCCUGAUAUAGGGGAUUGGAUGUACAAUGACGGACAUACGUUUAAUGAAGGAUUUGAAGAUGGUUUGAGUGAGGAGUGUGCAGAAGAGUCCAAUUUCAAGGACACAACAGACAAACCAAUACAUGACAAUGCAUCAGAAACCAUGGCAGAGUGCCUUCUGAUCAGCAUGGGUUAUGUAAACUGUCCUAAAGUCACAGGUAAGGCCCUAAGCCAUAUGCUCAAAAUGUUCAAGUUGCUUUAUCCCGAUAGUCUGAACACAGACUGCUUAAACAGUGUGCAGAAGUUCCAAAACUUUUUUUUAUCCCACUCUGCAUCAUCGCCUACUAUAUUACAUAAAUCCUCCAAGAAUUGUUUUGGGCCAAUAGAAAGUAAACAAAUAAAAUGCCUGCUUUGUGGGACCAGUGUGUCAGAAGAAAGGUUCUAAUCCUUUUUUUAAAGUAUGUACAGAUUGAUUUCUUGUUUACCACAGCACAUUCAUGUGCCAAAUGGGCCCUCGUUGGUGAAUAUAAACAUGCAGGUUUUUCUUUGCUGCAAGAUAGUGUAACAUAUGAGACAUGCAGUCAUGUUAUUCCCCUAUUGGAAACCUCUGCAGUACAGUAGUAUUCUUGGAUGACAUAUUGGGUAAAGUUGUUUUCCUUGACUUCACAUCUAUGCCUGGCAUAGUGAUUGCAGUUCAUUUCCCCAACACACUUGAAAAGUUUGAAAUAAUGAAGAACUGAACUGGCCUAAGAAGCCACAAAUCAAAUCUUUAAUCAUUGUUAUAAAUGCUCUGAAAAUACACACUGAUGUGAUGUUGCCGUGGAUUCUGUAAAUAUGUACUGUAUAUGGAGUAUCAUUGUUGAUGAUGUUUUUGCAUUGUGUGUAAUAUUUCAGUGGCAAAUAUAUUACAUUUACUUGUUUAAUAAAGCCACUGUCUUUUUUAAUGAAUACAUAGGCCUAGUAUGCUACUGCAUUUUAAUAUUAGUCCUUAUGAUGGUGGUUGGAGAGCCAAAUAUCUUCUGAAGUGGUACUUUGUUAAAAGAGUUUGAGAACCACUGCUCUAGAAAGUUCACAAAUGUUAAAAGCUCUUACAAAGUGUCUUGUGAUCAUAUCAGUAUUGUUUGGGUUCAGUUUUAAAUCUCACAAUUGUAGUCACUGAGUUACUGUACAUGACGUGUGGAUAAGAAAUCAACAAAUUAAGUCCAACUUUAUUUAAAUAAACCAUUUAGAUUACAGACCAUAUAUCCAUAUUGUCUGAAUUCAUUAUUUUCUCCCAAUGUUGGCAUGAGAUCAACUGGAAUAUGAUUGAGGUAUAACUAAAUUGAGCCCAUUAAAAUGCAUUUUUUUAGAAAACGGGUAUAUCUAACAACUCAAAUAGUGAGCAGUGAGAGACAAAACCAAGUAUAUCUCUCACUGAGACAUCAUUGAGACAUAUUGAAACCAAUACUCAUCAAUUGUCUUUUUGCCGAAAUAGAAAAGAGACAUCUGAGAACUCAAACAGUGAGUAGUGAGAAACAAAACCAGGUGUUUCUCUCACUGAGUCAUAAUUGAGACAUAUUGGAGACCAGCUCAUUCAUCUCUCAUUUUGGUCUUAGUUGAAAUGGGGAAAAGAGAUAACUAUUAGACAACUAUGAGAUCUCUCAUAGUGCUCACUGUGAGCCUUAUUUCUCAGGAGAUACAUUUGAGAAGAAGGAGAAAACUACUUUGGUCUCCAUUAGUGCUCUUUUAUGUCUAGGAGAUAUAUAUAUAAGACAUACAUGAGAUCUCAUCUUCAAUUUUGCUUUGCUAUGGGAAACAAGUGUUUGAUGAGCAUUCCUCAACUUUUCCGGUCUUUUUUGACACUCGUGCCAGCUUUUUUUAAGCAUGUUGCAGGCAUCAAAUUCCAAAAUGAGCUAAUAUUUGCAAAAAAAAAAGUUUCUCAGAUCCAACAUCAAAUAUCUUGUCUUUGCAGUCUAUUCAAUUGAAUAUAAGUUAAAAAGGAUUUACAAAUCAUUGUAUUCUGUUUUUAUUUACCAUUUACACAACGUGCUACUUCACUGGUUUGGGGUUUUGUACAUGUUGACAGUACAUUGCAGUGUUAUUUUGUUACAGCCGUGCCCACUGUGUGAAGUACUUUUGCAAGACUCCUAGCAAUAAUAUUACACUUCACCAAAGAGCCUGCUGUAAAAGAAAUGACCAUUGAAUGAAGAUACAUACUCAGGUCACCGUGAUCUGAAAAGGAGAGUGAAGAAUGUUUUUGUAUUCCCCAGAUUCUAAUCAUCUUGGAUGAAUAAACAAGCAAUUCCUAAUUUCACUUGGAAAUGUGUUUACUAUAAAAGUGUAGCACUGUUUCCACACAAAAUACCUUCUGUUUUUGAAAAGAUGCCCAUGUGUGUCUUCCAGGUUGAACAUUCCACCCUUUGUGCCUGCCCGGACUGUGCUGGAAGGCCUCGAGUCAGAGGAUGCGUGUGAAGACAAGAAAGCUGUAAAAAAGGAGAUCCAUAGCAAAAAGGGAGCCAAAAAGGACAACAUGGAAGAGGAGAAUACAGACCUGCUCAGACUUUGCCACACAGUACCGCUGGAGGUGGUGAACUUAGGUGGGAAAGGUUACGAUCCAGAGAAGAAAGACUACUCAGGUUUUGAGGCCUGGUUGCAGUGUUACUAUGUGGAUGGAAUGAAGUCUGUACGCGACCACAAUGGCAGGACUAUGUGGUUCAAAGGCGAUCCAGGUCCUAUGGCUCCUAAAGAAUCAAAGUCUCCAAAGGCCAAAAAGAGAAAAGAUACAGAUGCAGACCAUGAUUACCCCCGCAAGAAAAAGGUGUCCAGGAAACACAACUCUGACAGCACAGUGAAGAAAAAAGCAGCCAAAAAGCCCACAAAAGCAGCAAAGGAAGAAGAAAAUGGACCUCAAGAAGAAGCCACACCCAGAAGAAGAUCAGCAAACACACCUCAGCAAGAACCGAAAUCCACGUCAGGCAGGAGGAAAAAGAACAAUACAGAGCCAGCUGCAGGUCUGAUUCUAAUAAUACUCCCAUUUUCUGAAAAUAUUAAGAGCCUGAUCUUUGAGGAUCCAAUUCCCACACACUUAUCUGUGUGCGCAAACUAUAAAAUUGCAUGUACUGUUGGUGGACGUGUUGUAUGUGAUCUACUUUGUGCAAUUGAUAGCAGCAAAAGUGGCACAGAUCACCCUAUUUUUGUGUACUAGAAGCAUUAUGUGCCCUUGGAAACACUUCUUUCCCUCUACAUUCAUGUUAUUAUGCUCUCCACACUGGAGGGGGGCUUAUAUUAGAUUAUAGCACAUAUCGAUCAUCUAACACCUUUUCUGCAAUAUAGAAUCACAGUAUGUAUACUAUUUGCAGCAGGAAUGAUCAAACUGCAUAUUGCAAGACAUUUUUUUUAGGAGUUAUACUAAAUACAAAAAAAAAAAACGCAACGCUUUUGUUCUUGUUCCCAAUUUAAAUGAACUCAAAGAUCGAAAACUUUGACUAUAAACACAAAAUACCUGUUCCUCUCAAAUAUUGUUCACAAAUCUGUAUACAUUUGUUAGUGAGCAUUUUUUCUUUGCCAAGAUAAUCCAUCCCACCUGACAGGUGUGCCUUGAGCUGUCCAAAAUAAAAGGCCACUGUGAAAUGUGCAGUUUUAUCACACAACACAAUGCUUCAGAUGUCGCACGUUUUGAGGGAGCGUGCAGUAGGCAUGCUGACUGCAGCAAUGUCCACCAGAGCUGUUGCCCGUCAAUUAAAUGUUUAUUUCUCCGCCAUAAGAAUAGAAUAGAAUAGAAAGUACUUUAUUGAUCCCUGGGGGAAAUUCAGCACCACAGUUCGCUCACAAUAAACAAUGAUAAUAAUAAAUAAUAUAAUAUAUAUGAAUAAUAUAAAUAUAUUCUACAUUUAAGUGCAGUCAAGGAACAUUUGCAUUAUACAGUCUGAUGGCUGUCGGUGUGAAGGACCUCCUGUGUCGUUCCGUGUUGCAUUUUGGGAGUCUGAGCCUUCCACUGAAGGUGCUCAUUCUCUCUGCAAGGUCCGAGUGUAGUGGGUGGGAGGUGUUGUCCAUAAUGGCUAGGAGUUUUGCUAGACUUCUCUCUGACACCACCGCCAGAGAGUCCAGCUCCACUCCCAUCUUGUUACUGGCCUUCUCUACCAACUUGUCCAGUCUGUAUGUGUCCCUCACUCUCAGCCCACUGCCCCAGCAGGCCACGGCGUACAAGAGGGCGCCUGCCACCAGCGACUCGUAGAACAUCUUCAACAUCUUUGUACAGACGUUGAAGGAUCCUAGCCUCCAAAGGAAAUAUAGAUUCGGCUCUGUCCCUUCUUGUAGAGGGCCUCAGCGUGUUUUGACCCAUUCAGCUUGUUGUCCAUGUGUACUCCGAGGUAUUUAUAAUCCUCUACCAUGUCCACAUCCACCCCCUUGAUGGAAAGAGGGGUCGCCAGAGUACUCCUCCUCCUUCCCAGGUCCACAACCAGCUCCUUGGUCUCCGUAACAUUGAGCUGGAGGUGGUUCUUUCCACACCAUGUGACAAAGUCCUCCACCAGUGUCCUGUAUUCCUCGUCAUCACCUUCCUCAAUACACCCCACUAUCGCAGAGUCAUCAGAAAACUUCUGAAGGUGGCAGGACUCUGACUGAUAGUGGAAAUGGGUGGUGUAAAUGGUGUAGAGGAAGGGGGAAGAGUACUGUAGCCUCCGGGGCCCCGGUGUUGCUGACCAGCCUGUCAGACACACAGUCCUGCAGUGGCAUAUACUGUGGUCUGUCAGUCAGGUAAUCUACAACCCAGGACACCAAGGGGGCCUCCACCUGCAUCUUCUCCAACUUCACACCCAGUAGCCCAGGCCGUUUAGUAUAAGCCGCCUCCAAAGGUGUUUCAGAGAAUUUGGCAAUACAUCCAACUGGCCUCACAGCCGCAGACCAUAUUGAUUGGCUGAGACCUGCCACCCGGACAGCUGCUACAACAAUUGGUUUGCUUAACCAUAGCAUUUCUGCACAAACUGUAAGAAACUACCAUGAAUUGAUUAACGUGGACCCCGACUUAAACAAGUUGAAAAACAUAUUGGGGUGUUACCAAUUAGUGGUCAAUUGUACGGAAUAUGUACUGAACUGUGCAAUUUACUAAUAAAAGUAUCAAUCAAUCAAUCUGUCUCAAGAAAGCUCAUCUGCAUGCUCGUGGUCCUCAUCGGGGUCUCGACCUAACUGCAGUUUGUCUUCUUAACCAACUUGAGUGGGCAAAUGCUCACACUCAAUGGCGUCUGGCACAAUACAGAGGUUUUGGUAUGUUAUUAUUGACAGCGAAACCACGUGCAUUUUAUUGAUGGCAUUUUCCAUGCGCAGAGAUACCGUCACGAGACCCUGAGCCCCAUUGUUGUACUAAUCACCCGAGGCCAUCACCUUUAUAAAUAACAUUUACUAACUCAUGUUGCAAGGAUCUGGAAGCUAAAAACAUCCCAGUUCUUGCAUGACCAGCAUACUCACCGGACAUGUCACCCAGUAAGUAAUUUUUGAGAGGAAUAUAUAUUUUCUGUAUAGUAAAAGUUUCAGAUCUUUAAGUUCAAUUCAUGAUAAAUGGGAGCAAAAACAAAAGUGUUGCGUUUAUAUAUUUGUUCAAUACCAUAUUUUUCGGAGUAUAAGUCGCACCUGCCGAAAAUGCAUAAUAAAGAAGGAAAAAAAACAUACAAGUCGCACUGGAGUAUAAGUCGCAUUUUUGGGGGGAAAUUUAUUUGAUAAAAGCCAACACCGAGAAUAGACAUUUGAAAGGCAAUUUAAAAUAAAUCAAGAAUAGUGAAGAACAGGCUGAAUAAGUGUAGGUUAUAUGAGGCAUAAAUAAGCAACUGCUAUGUUAAGCUAACAUAUUAUGGUAAGAGUCAUUCAAAUAACUAGAACAUAUAGAACAUGUUAUACCUUUAACAAACUAUCUCUCACUCCUAAUCCAUAAAUCCCAUAAAAUCUUAUACGUCUAGUCUCUUACGUCAAUGAGAUAAAUAAUAUUGAUAUUUUACGGUAAUGUGUUAAUAAUUUCACACAUAAGUCGCUCCUGAAUAUAAGUCGCACCCCCGGCCAAACUAUGAAAAAAAAACUGCUACUUAUAGUCCGAAAAAUACGGUGCAUAUUUUGUAAAUCAAAAAAGGAAUACCAUUAAAAAACAACAUAAAUUAAUAGACUUUGGUUUAAUCGGUCCUUUAAGUUGUCCAGCAGCUAUAAAAUGAUAUUGCUGAAUAUUUAUCUUCUUCUUUUUAUUUCUAACAGUCCAAAUAUGACAUGCACACGUAGAACAAAGGCUUCUCUGUUCAGUUGUCUUUGCAGCGUGAUGGCCUCCUUUCUCACAGCCCUGUGUGCAACUAUGUCAGUUGUCUUUGCAGCGUGAUGGCCUCCUUUCUCACAGCCCUGUGUGCAACUAUGUCAGUUGUCUUUGCAGCGUGAUGGCCUCCUUUCUCACAGCCCUGUGUGCAACUAUGUCAGUUGUCUUUGCAGCGUGAUGGCCUCCUUUCUCACAGCCCUGUGUGCAACUAUGUCAGUUGUCUUUGCAGCGUGAUGGCCUCCUUUCUCACAGCCCUGUGUGCAACUAUGUCAGUUGUCUUUGCAGCGUGAUGGCCUCCUUUCUCACAGCCCUGUGUGCAACUAUGUCAGUUGUCUUUGCAGCGUGAUGGCCUCCUUUCUCACAGCCCUGUGUGCAACUAUGUCAGUUGUCUUUGCAGCGUGAUGGCCUCCUUUCUCACAGCCCUGUGUGCAACUAUGUCAGUUGUCUUUGCAGCGUGAUGGCCUCCUUUCUCACAGCCCUGUGUGCAACUAUGUCAGUUGUCUUUGCAGCGUGAUGGCCUCCUUUCUCACAGCCCUGUGUGCAACUAUGUCAGUUGUCUUUGCAGCGUGAUGGCCUCCUUUCUCACAGCCCUGUGUGCAACUAUGUCAGUUGUCUUUGCAGCGUGAUGGCCUCCUUUCUCACAGCCCUGUGUGCAACUAUGUCAGUUGUCUUUGCAGCGUGAUGGCCUCCUUUCUCACAGCCCUGUGUGCAACUAUGUCAGUUGUCUUUGCAGCGUGAUGGCCUCCUUUCUCACAGCCCUGUGUGCAACUAUGUCAGUUGUCUUUGCAGCGUGAUGGCCUCCUUUCUCACAGCCCUGUGUGCAACUAUGUCAGUUGUCUUUGCAGCGUGAUGGCCUCCUUUCUCACAGCCCUGUGUGCAACUAUGUCAGUUGUCUUUGCAGCGUGAUGGCCUCCUUUCUCACAGCCCUGUGUGCAACUAUGUCAGUUGUCUUUGCAGCGUGAUGGCCUCCUUUCUCACAGCCCUGUGUGCAACUAUGUCAGUUGUCUUUGCAGCGUGAUGGCCUCCUUUCUCACAGCCCUGUGUGCAACUAUGUCAGUUGUCUUUGCAGCGUGAUGGCCUCCUUUCUCACAGCCCUGUGUGCAACUAUGUCAGUUGUCUUUGCAGCGUGAUGGCCUCCUUUCUCACAGCCCUGUGUGCAACUAUGUCAGUUGUCUUUGCAGCGUGAUGGCCUCCUUUCUCACAGCCCUGUGUGCAACUAUGUCAGUUGUCUUUGCAGCGUGAUGGCCUCCUUUCUCACAGCCCUGUGUGCAACUAUGUCAGUUGUCUUUGCAGCGUGAUGGCCUCCUUUCUCACAGCCCUGUGUGCAACUAUGUCAGUUGUCUUUGCAGCGUGAUGGCCUCCUUUCUCACAGCCCUGUGUGCAACUAUGCCAGUUUGCACGCAGAUUUCAGACUUUUUAAGAGGCACGAUACUGCCUGCAGGACACUUUCAGCAUUGAUAAAUCUCACUGUUCAUGUUGAGUGAUUUGUAUUUGCAUUUUCUCCUCCCAGUAUUGUGGGCAUUCUGAUAAUCAACAUAUAUUCUGCAUACAUCAUUAAGACAAAUAUGUUAAAUGGAGGGAAUAAGCGAUAGAAAAUGGAUGGAUGGGAUGGAUUGCACUCCUUAUUUUGCUCAUUAAUCGACAAAUAUUUAGAUCAGCUUUGCGUGUGCUAACAAGUUUGCAUGUGUUUUGAUACACAUAAACCUUUUGUAGAUUAUACUGUAAGUGUGGUAAACUUACUUUUUGUUGCAGGCUUCAAGACACGUAGCGGGAGACUGACAAGACAGAAUGUCAAGUAAAGGACAUCUAUUGGAAAAUACUGUUUUUAUUCCAUGAUACAUAUUUUUAAUAAACAUUCCACACGUUUA